AUCGACCGGUCGCAGCACUGCGAGAACAAAGCAAUGCACACAUCUCUGCAGCAUUCGAUGAGGUAGCGCAUAUACCGACACGCCUCGCGAUCCCUGCUCGCAGACAUUGACACCUCCUCUCAUCGACCCCGCAUUCAGUCCUGUGUAAUAGCCAUGCAAGCCGCUCUCGCACCGUUCCAAGAGGCUCAUGCAACUGCGCUGGCCCAGCCCGUCGCGAACUUCUUUAGUCCGGUCCCGCCUGCGCAGGACCCCAGCCGUCUGUAUGACUUCGCGCGCGCUUCGAACGAGGUCCAAAUCGAGAAUGACGUACGCCAUGUGCUGAAGCACAACAAGACCACGCGCAUGACCCAGAAGGAGACGAGCGCGUGGGUCGACAUCAUCGUGAGCUACUGGCGCGCCGUGAACGAGAUUAUAAAGGCAGACGAGGCAUCGAACCAGGGCAGGCUGGGAGCAACACAAUACGUUGCCGUGUAUGAUGCGUGGAAGGAUCUUACCAGCAAUUUCAUAAAGCAGGUAUCUGCCGGAGCGCUGCCAGCAUGGGGUAUCUUCACUCUAUAUUUUACUGCCAACCAUCUGCGCAGGAUAGCGAUCAAGGCAGACGAACAGCUGGCCAAGUCGAAACCGGCUACGGUCAACAACAGCUUUUCAGAGGAUAUUGUGAGCACAGUGGCACAGAAUCAGAAGCUAGAGGAGGCUGCCCGCGCGUUCAACAGGACAUUUGCUCUUUGCUUGGGUGACAGAAACCCAGACCUCAACGAGUCCCGCAAAUGGGGCGUCUACUGUGUAGCCAACCUUCAAUUCAAGACUUACUUCAAGCUGAAAGCAAUCAGCCUGUCGAAGAACGUCGUCCGCUCGAUCGAAGCUCAGUCUGACCUACCGCCCUUCGAACUGUACCCGAGAGCGCAUAGAGUCACAUACCUCUACUACACUGGAGUUAUUGCUUUCCUACAGGAAGAUUAUACCAAGGCAGAAAAGAACCUACAAGAGGCUUGGGAUGCCUGCUAUGGUGGCGCUGAGAAGAACAAAUCACUGAUCCUCACCUACCUCAUCCCUUGUCGUCUCAUCACAAAACACGUCGUACCUAAAGCGCCUCUGCUCACAGACUCACCUCGACUCGAACGUAUCUUUGGACCUCUUGUGGCCUGCAUCAGGAAAGGCGACCUCACAGGCUUUGACAAGGCCCUAGCAGAGGGCGAGCCCGAGUUCGUCAAGCGCCGCAUCUUUCUCACACUCGAACGAAGUCGCGACAUCGCACUGCGUAACCUGCUGCGGAAGGUCUACCUCGCCGGUGGCUACGACGACCUCAAGGAAGGACAGACCCAGAAAGACAGGAUCAGGAAGUCAAGGAUACCGCUCGUCAACUUUGCAGCGGCUCUGAGGAUGGGUGGUCAGGCAGUAGAAGAUGAUGAGGUUGAGUGCUUGCUGGCGAAUCAGAUUUUCAAGGGCCUGAUGAAAGGUUAUAUCUCGCGCGAGCACCAGAUGGUAGUGCUGAACAAGAAGGGCGCCUUCCCCGGCACUGGAGUUUGAAGCAGAAAGCAACUACAGCUUCCGUGGACGAUACGUCAUACAGCAAUAAAUAUCAGUUACCGACAAGUACCAGCCCAUCUGUACGAUCGGUAGAGUACUGAUAACUUUUCACAAGCUUCCGAUG